AUAGCUUUGUAUUUGUGUUGUUUUUCCAAGAUUAAAAUAAAGAAAGAAGUGUUCAAUCACAGAGUAGUAAAGUUCAUUGUUAGAUGAUUAAUUAGUUUAACAAUAUGACUAUGAGAUUUCAAUUUUUCAUUAUAUUCUUGACAUUUUUGGCUGUUACCUAUGAAAAUACGGAAGCAGCACAUAGUCAGGAUGGAGCAGCUACGCCAAUAACCCCAACAUUAGAAUUUGCCGUUUCAUCCAAUCCAAAAAUUCAACCACAACCACAACCUACUAUAAAACCAACAACAACUACUUCUACUACUCCCCCGACUACUACUUCCACUACUACCCCGACUACUACUUCUACUACUCCCUCGACUACUACUUCUACUACUCCCCCGACUACUACUUCUACUACUCCCCCGACUACUACUUCUACUACUCCCCCGACUACUACUUCUACUACUACCCCGACUACUACUUCUACUACUACCCCGACUACUACUUCUACUUCAAAGCCGACGCCUUCUCCUACUCCAGCUCCUGUACCAGAUCCCGUUAGUGGAGACUGGUCAGUACAAUAUAAGGACUCUAAUAGGAGUUGCAUCGUGAUUGACAUGGCUGUACAGUUUGAAAUUUUAAAAGUAAAUCAAACUGCUACUAAGUUGAAUUUACCGAAAAAUGCAACUGCUAAUGGAACUUGUGAAAACGAGAAGAACAGUGUGUCGCUGAAUUGGAAUGGGGACAAAAAUGUUUUGGAGUUUGAGUUCGUGAAAUCUAAUACCAGUAAAUUCAUAUUGGAUGUUAUUUCUGUCAAAUUUAUCAAUUUGACGAUUCCUGGUCAAGAUCCUAAAACCUACCAGCUGAUACACAAGCAGAACGAAUUUUCAACUCCUCUAGGUAAUUCUUACAAAUGUUCCAGAGUUCAAACAUUGAAUCUCACUGAGGAGAAUUCAAAUGAAACAGUUGCUUACAUACACUUGUCUCAAGUUCAGUUCGAAGCCUUUUCUAAUACUACUGGACAUGUAUUUGCAACAGCUGUGGAUUGUGAUACGUCUCUAACAACCGAUGUAGUACCAAUUGUAGUAGGUUGCGUACUAGCAGCUCUAGUUGUGAUGGUACUGAUUGCCUAUCUCAUUGGAAGAAGACGAUGCCAAGCACGCGGUUAUCUCUCAAUGUGAUCUGAUGAAACUUCGCUUACGAAGUUUCCCGAUAGAGAGCUACUGGUGGUUGCUCUCGCAUAUUAUUGUAGAUUAUUUGGACUAGCUUAUUUUAUAUAAAGUCGACGUUCUAGAGUUAUAUAUUGCGGAGUUUUCUUUAAACUGAUAUUGAAUAAAUAUAUUUUUGAAGUAUAAUUUUUGCUAAUGUAGAGCCAGUGGAUCCAUAAUAAACGGUACAUGAGGACCUCAACUCAUCAUCAAUUAUUCUGGAGGAUGCGAACAAAUUUGUUUCUUUCAUUCAAUGUAGAAACGGUUAGCUACAAUUUUUUUGAAAAGUUUUGGCUUUUUUUUUGAGUGUAAGUAAGCUCUAGAACGUAAUGGCUAUUAAUAAUAGUGAUUAGUAUUGAUGUAGUAGUUAUUAUCGACAGGGCUGAAACCGAUUAUAGUUGAAACUUCGUAUCAUGUUUUUACCAUGACUUUUUUUGUGAGGAAUCUUAAAAAUACCCGUCGAAUCAUUAUGUUGCAAUAUUGGUAUUUCUUUUAAUUUUUUUUGUGUACAGUUUUUAUAAAGGAAACCCAAUUUUAUUUCAUUAUUGGUCUCAAAAUUCUAAUCUGUCUAUACUUUUUUUCCAUUAUUGAUGAAGAAUCGAUGUGUAGUUACGCAGGGUACUAGAAAAUUUUGAAUGAACCAGUAAAACCUUGAAUUUUGGAACAAGUGGCUGUGAGCUUAUAUUAGAUUCCUACGAUAAAUUGUAAGUUGCUUUUUCAAAAUAUUUUUCUGAAUGUUGAAAAGUAAUGAGUGAUUUUUCUUAUCUAUAUUACUUGGUGAAUUUGUGCUUUAAUGAAUAGCUACAGUUUUUAGAAUCGAAUGAAAAAUUGUACUGUAUUUUGUUAUUACUGGGAAUAAUAAAUAGUCUUUGGUUUA